AUGCACCAGGCCAAUCUGAACGUCGAGGGCACCAACAAGGCCACCGGCUACAGCCUCGCGAUGAGGUGGAUCGAGAGGGUGCUCACGCGCGUCACCGCCUGGGUCACCUGGCCGGUGAGGUCACUCAAGCUGGACGACCUGAUGGCCCUGUACCGCAGGCGCGAGGCCCGGGACAACUGCAAGCUGUCGUACCGCCUCGAGGUGGCCACGGCCUCGGGGGCGGUGCAGGCGGUGACCGUGAGGAGCGGCGGCGGCGCGUGCCAGGCGCCGCUGACCGUCGGCGCCGCUGCGAGCGCGGCGGGCGGCGCGCGGGACGCAGUGGAGGCGGCGGCGCCGGUGUACCGCUUUGACCUGGCGGCUGGGGCGGUGCUGCGGGUGGCAACCAGCGGGAUGGCGUGGGCCGUGCCCGCCGCGGCAUGA